AUGCCUAAGAAACUGAAAUAUACCAUCUUAAGCCUGACCAAAAUUUUCUGCACUAAUGAUGAAGAAUCAAAAACAAAUCCUGGGACCACUCUACUUCCGGGAGCGAACGGGCGGUUUAGAAAAUUCCGAAGAAGUCACACCCGCGAGGAGGUGGUGACUCCGCCACUACCAGCAGAGGCUGCUGCAAGGUCCCCGAUGUCCACGUCCGUGGAGUUCAAAACUUACGUAGAUCAGGCCUGCCACGCUGCUGAGGAGUUUGUGAACAUCUACUACGAGACAAUGGAUAAGAGACGGCAGGCACUCCCCAGGCUGUAUCUGGACAAGGCCACUCUAAUCUGGAAUGGAAACGCUGUUACAGGGCUGGAUUCCCUGACCAAUUUUUUUGACAUGUUGCCGUCAAGCCAAUUUCAAGUCAACAUGUUAGAUUGCCAGCCAGUUCAUGAACAAGCUACCCAGUCCCAGCCAACAGUUCUCGUUGUGACCAGUGGAACCGUGAAGUUUGAUGGAAACAAGAAACAUUUCUUCAACCAAAAUUUCCUACUUACUGCUCAGUCCACUUCCACCAAUGCGGUGUGGAAGAUAGCAAGCGAUUGCUUCCGUUUUCAAGACUGGGACAGGUGUUAA